CCGGCCUGUCAACCGCCAUUAAACUUCACAGAGAAAGAGUUGGCGUUUUCGUGAAUCAAGGGGUCAAGGUUCCUGCCGGGCGAGAGGCCGAGGAUUCCGGCACCCGACAAGCGAGACACACCGGUUUUUACGGAUCCCAGCAUCCCUGAAAUAUCCCGGUGUCUGAGGAUUAUUCCGGCGUCCGACGGGAGAGACAUCUUGGUGUCUGAGGGGAGAGGUAUCCCGGUAUCUGAGGGGGGAGAUAUCCUGGUGUUUGAGGGGAGAGAUAUCCCGGUGUCUGAGGGGAGAGGUAUCCCGGUAUCUGAGGGGGGAGAUAUCCUGGUGUUUGAGGGGAGAGAUAUCCCGGUGUUUGAGGGGAGAGAUAUCCCGGUGUCUGAGGGGAGAGAUAGCCGGGUGUCUGAGGGGCGGGCGUUGCAGGAAAGCCUGGUGUUUGUUUUUUUCUUGGAGGAUUGAUUCUGGUGUCCGAGUGGCGAGGGGCUGCAAAUCCUGGUGUCAGUGGGCCAAGGGUGACCGGGUGUGUGCCGGUCCCGGUGCCGGGGGACCGGGUGUGUGCCGGUCCUGGUGUUUGAACUGAGAAAGGAUCCAGGUGCUGAGGACAGAGCAAACACUGGUGUUUGAGGGAGAGAUCUCGGAUUGACGGUUGAGGAGAGCAGAUCCGGGUGUUUGAGGGACAGGAGGUGGUAAUUGCUGUCUUUUCUUUUGGGCAGGGGACAACCUGCAGCCAAGAAUGGGCUGGGAGUCAAGCUGAGAACCUUUGGCCUCAGCCCUAGUCUGGCCACACCAUGGCUGUAGCAAACCUCUUCUCCCUGGAGCAACAGCUGUCCUGCUCCAUCUGCCUGGAGAUCUUCAGCAAUCCUGUCAAUCUUCCAUGUGGACACACAUUUUGCCUGGACUGCAUCCAGAAAACUUGGGAUCAGAAUCCCAUUGGCUUGGUCAACUUGUGCCCACAAUGCCGGGCUGCCUUCACCACCAGGCCCAAUCUGCAGAAAAACAUUGUCCUAUGUGGGAUUGUGGAUGAGUUCCACAAGAUGGGCCAGAAAGCAGCCAGGCUGACCUUGGUGGAGGACAUCCCAUGUGAUUCUUGCCUCAACGGGUCCAAGGCAGCAAAGUCCUGUUUAGUCUGCUUGUCUACAUUUUGUGAGGUUCAUCUCAGGCCACAUCUUGAGGAUAAAGCCCUUCGGGACCACCAGCUCACUGACCCGGUCAGGGAUUUGGACAAGAGAAAAUGCAAAAUGCACUCAAAGUUCCUUGAGUUCUUCUGCAAGACUGAUCAGAUGUGCAUCUGUAGUCUUUGCAUCCUGCAUGCACAUCGGGAUCACAAAAUUGUUACCCUGGAAGAGGAGACCAGUGAGAAAAAGAAUCUUCUUCAGGAAGAAAAACUAAGAAGGCUAAACCAAAUUGAAGAUAUUAAUAUAGCAAUUCUUAAAUUAAAGGACAAUAUCACUUCUAUCAAAGAAACAACGUGUCAGGUGAGAUCUGACAUUGAUAAACACUUUGAUGAUCUGAUCAACUGCAUUAAAGAGUCGCAGAACAUUGUAACAAACAUCAUCGACAGUGAGGAGGCUGUUGCCUUGGCACAAACUGACAGCAUCCAGAGCUGGCUGAGCCGGAGAUGCAUUGGACUAAAGCGGAAAACUGAUGAAAUAGACCAGCUCUUGAAAUCUGAUGGCAUUCAACUCUUAAAGGAGUUUCAAACUCUGGAAGAAAUGGAGACAGAUCAGGUUUUACCCACGUUGGACACUGAUAUUGAUAAACAGCUCUCCAAUUUAAAGUGCAUAAUUGUCGAGCUGACUAAAGAUAUUAUGGCACAACUGCACAGAGCCUGUCAUGAGAAGCUGCCUGCAAGUAAAGAAAAUGUUGAUCUUCAGUCGAUGCCAACUGCUACCCCUUGCAGCACUUCUCAACCUCUAAUGUCAUCUUGUCCUCAGAGCUUUUGUCCAAUUCCGAACUCCUUAAUAACUGCUGAUUUCCAGUCCUUGGUGAAUCCUAUUCAACAGUCAUUAAUGCUCUCACCAGAUCUUUGGGCAGUGGGCACUUCACAGCUAAAUGCAUCUUUCCAGCCCUUGCCAAACAAUGCUGACAGGCUCAUGUCUUGGCCACCUCCAGCCUUGGCUACAAACGUUUUCGGUCUCAGAGGACUCUCGGCCAAUCAGCAAAAGGGUGUCACAAUGGGUAGCCGAUGUGCCAUUGCUCCAUGCGGUGCUCCUCCAAUUAUACCAUCAAUGCCAGCAUUAAAUCGGGUUAGAUAUCAGUAUCCAAGCACGUCUGCUAAGGAAGAUGAGCCUCUCACAGCCACAAUGCUUUCAGGACUUCCCAUGAAGGAACAGAAGCAACUCUUGGGCGAACGGCUUUACAAGUUAAUCCAUGUUAUGCACCCUUCCCUGGCGGGAAAGCUCACUGGGAUGUUGUUGGAGAUGGGUAACUUAGAACUGCUGCAUUACUUGGAAAGCUCAGAUUCUCUCCGCUCAAAGGUUGAUGAAGCUAUAGCUGUUCUACAGAGACAUCAGGCUCGGAAGGACUUCCUUCAGAAAAAAAGAAUGGUUAAAGAUGUUUUUCUUUCUUGCGGGUCUGUGAGCUGUGGUUUCGUGGACUUUUGGAGGGUUGGAGAGGAGAUCGCAAGGAAGGUGGACAGUGCUGGAGGAGCUGUGGUCAAUCACUGUGGGUGGUCCCAGGUGCGUGGGUCAUGGAGGUCGGAGAAGAUCAAAUAGUGGACCGAAGACUUCGAUGGUUGAGCUCCAACGAUUGUGCACUAAUUGACUGAACCCUGAUAAGUGCUGGCGCCUUUUCUUUCAUAUAUAUUGUCUCACUAUUAAUCACUUAGUUCUAGUGAGAUAUGUAAAGUGUAUUCCGUAAACGUACCUGGUAUGUGGUUAGAUAUUGUGUGUGUGAGAGCUUGCUAAUGUGCAUUUCACAGCAUCCACGUAUACGGGAGACAU